UUCCUGGUCCACGUCAAGCAGGAUUUGCGACGUAGAGGCUGGUGAAAAUCAGAAAGUACGACGAUGAAAGUUCAGUUUUUAGACUGAACAGCAUCUACCACUGUGCAAAUAUAAUGCAAUUUAAUUGGAUUUGAUAUAGGACGUCGUACGUCUUGUUGCGGCUAUCUGCACCGGCAACUGGAAAAGGGGUCAGAAUGUCUUGGUUUACUGAUCUGGCAGGAAAGGCUGAGGACUUCUUGAAUAGGGUCGAUCAAGGGGCAGCCACUGCAUUGACCAAGCCAGGUCGCAAGGACUCCUUCCCGUCGUCAUACAGCGAUGCUGACACAUCUCAGUACAGCAAUUCUGGCUUCAGCUCAGUAACAACAGACACGCAACACCAAUACCAGACUUCUGCUCACGACCGAGGACAUGAUUUCAUCUCCACGGCUGCAGACAACAUCAAGAAAUCCAAAGCCACGCUGCUGACGGGCACUGCCACCGUGUCUACAGUCACACCCCUUGGAUCAUCCAGCGCUGCCUCCACCAAGGCCUCCUCCACAUUCGUCCGACCGAAAAAGGAGGAAGACGUGAAUGAUGACCUCCUCUUUAAGUUCCUGAAUAGUUCUGACCCUCCCCAGGCGGAGAGGAGGGAGGUGAAGCGAGAGCUCCCCAAAGUGUCCAGCCCUGCGGAGGAGGUGACGCCAGCCGCCCCUGUUCCUGCUCCUUCUCUUACACCUCCUCCUCCUGCAGUCUUUUUUGCCCCGCCAGCGGUGCCCUCUGCCCCCUCCACUCCCGCCUCUGCCAGAGGCCUGUCCCGAGCCUCCAGCUUCAGCUCUCUGUCUGCCAGCGUCCACAGUGUCAAGACGGAGGAUGGAUCUGUCAAAGAUCAGAACCAAGAUACCCCAGACAGCUCCGACUCUGGGCUGGCAGUGCCUCAGGACCCUGCCCCUCCAGAGCCUGCAGCUCCUGUGGAGGAAUCUCAGAGCCAGGUGCUGUCCAACCUCCGCCUGGAGAACCAGCUGCUCCGCAGUGAGGUGGCUUCCCUCAACCAGGAGAUGGCAUCUGUCAUCCAGAGGGCCAAAGACACCCAGGAAGAGCUGAGCAUAGCUCGGGCACGCACAGACAAGUGGAACUCAGACCAGUCCAGGACCGAUCGCACCCUCCGUGAGCUGAGGUCACAGGUGGACGACCUUACAGAGGCACUGUCGGCCAAAGACGGGCAGCUGGCCGUGCUCAAGGUGCGACUGGAUGAAGCUGACCAGCUCCUCAAGGUCCGCAACUCUGCCCUGGAGGAGGCCCAGAACGAGAAGUCGAGAAUCUUGCAGGACCAUUCAGAUGGCGACAAUCUCAACUCCCAAGCCCUUCACACGCUACAGGACAGGCUGAGAGAAGCAGACGGAGCCAUGAAAAGGGAACAGGAUAACUACAGACAGAUGCAGAAUGAGUAUUCGUCACGGCUGUCGAGAGCGGAGGGCGAGAAGCAGGCUCUGGCGGAGGCCCUGACGGCAGCGGAGCGGCGUGUGGCGGAGGAGAGGCACCGGGCAGAGGAGCAGCAGCAGCAGGCCAAGAUGGCACGCAACGCCGCAGACAACGCCAAGCAGGAGCUGCAGGACUACAAACACAAAGCAUCGCGCAUACUGCAGUCCAAAGAGAAGUUGAUCAGCAGCCUGAAGGAGGGCUCGGGUCUUGACUCGCUGGAUGGGGGCUCGGUUGGGGCUCUGGAGCUGGAGGAACUGCGGCACGAGAAGGAGCUCCAGAGAGAGGAGAUCCAGAAGCUACAGGGCCAGGUGCACACCCUUAGGACCGAGAUACAGGACCUGGAGACGUCAGCGAUGACUGAGGCGGAGUCGUGGCGUGAGCAGCAGCAGGAGCUUCAGGAGCAGCAGGCCCAGCAGAUCCGCGCCAGGCAGGAGCAGGAGGCCGAGGUGGAGAGAUACAAACAGGAAAUCCAGUACAUGGAGGAGGAGCAGCACCGUGUGAAGAAUACCCUGCAGAGCAGAGUUAAAGACCGGGAGGAAGAGAUCCAGAAACUCAGGAAUCAACUGACCAAUAAGGCGUUGAGCAGCAGCAGCCAGUCGGAGCUGGAGAGUCGACUGCACCAACUGACGGAGACGCUGAUCCAGAAGCAGACCAUGCUGGAGGCGCUGGGCACGGAGAAGAGCUCGCUGGUCUUCCAACUGGAGAGGCUGGAGCAGCAGCUGAAGAGCGCGCAGGGCGGCCAGAGCGGAGGCUCCGCCAUCAACAUGGCCGGCAUGGAGGGGCCUGGUGCACGACAGAGAAACACACCAGUGUUGUUUACUGACCAUGACAACCCGGGCGCUGGAGUCUACGGGAAAGUACGCAAAGCGGCCAGCACCAUUGACCGCUUUAGUAUUCGGUUGGGAAUUUUUCUGAGGCGCUACCCAAUGGCUCGGGUGUUUGUGAUACUUUAUAUGGCACUACUGCACCUCUGGGUUAUGGUGGUACUGCUGACAUACACGCCGGAAAUGCACCACGGCCAUCCGGACGGGAGAUAAGCUGAGGACAUUGAACAGUUUUUCGUUGAGCGUGUGACGUCAUUGAAGAAUUACAGGAUAUGAAAGAAAAAAAGAACAAAUAUAUAUAUUUAAGAUUUAUCUUUGAGGACUGGGUUGCUGCUGAACUUAAGGUCCAGAAGCUGUUAACCGCAAUUUGCACAAAACAUGCCACUGGAAAUAUACCUGGACUUGGGAUUGUGCUUCAUUCCAGUGUGAAACGCUAACCAUGGCAUGUUAUUUCCACAGCAGUUACAAAGUGAAUAAUGUCUGGAACUACGAACGAAUGCUUGCAUCAUUCUGGACUCUGAUUGAUUUCAUUUCUCCCUCUCUUACACUUUUCAUUUUAUUCGUGAUUUCUUUUGUAUCCUUUCUCUCAAAAUCAACUCAUAGAUUGUAUUUCUUCAAUCUGUAAAUUAAUUUUCUUUUAAUAAACAUAACAGAUCUACUCCAAAACUGGUAUUUGCUCUUGUUGAUGGCUGAUAGAUUAUUUUCUGUCAUGACACAAUAAUGUGUCUGCCUGUAAUCAGAA